AUUUAAUUAAUAGUUUUGUAAAAUGUGAAUGCUUUACUUUUACAGAAGAUUGCUAGUCGUAAUUCUAAAAAUCGAGAGCUGCGUGGUCCAGUGCAUAGGACCGGGAGAACACCCUUUGCCGAUGUACGACAUAAGAUGAUGACUGAUGGAGAGAGCACUAACAAAAUGAGUGUCUUCAUGAAGACACGCAUGAUAACUGAUCCAGAUGUGAAAUUAUUUUUGGAUGAGUAUAAUGAGCAACUCUCAAUGAUAGACGAGCCCCUCAGGACAGAAGAGGUACAAGAUAAGAUUUUCCAUAACCUAGUAGGAAAGGAUGGACACGGAUAUUGCAAGACUUAUGGGAUAGGUGUGCCUCGAAGUGCAGUGUACAAAAAAGAUGUCAGUCCAUCACAAGCAUCCUCAUCAUCGACUGUUGAGGAGAUCACUCAACAAGUACGCCAAACAGUUACUGAAGAGAUCGAGCAAAGGCUGACGGUUGAGAUUGAGCAAAGGGUCACUGAGAAGUUGAAGGCAGAGUUCGAGCAAGUUAGAGCUUGGAUGGACUUCAUAAGGUCCCAAGGUGGCCUAAGUGGUAUACAGCUUCCAAAUGCCUCUAGUGGACGUCAACAAGUCAGGAAGUCUGUAGGAGAUCAUGAUAGUCAAGAUGAUGAGUUGUUGGGUUCUCCUGUGCAGGUUUUGCAUGAAGACUGAUAGAUGAAUUAAUGGUGGCAUGGAAGCUAACUUUAUUUUUGGACAUAUUAUAUUAUGGCUUGAGAUGUCAAGCUUUUUGUACUUAAUAUUUAUAACAUAUUGCUACCAUACUUUUUGUAUUGAUGUAACAAAUUUUUUGUUAAUAUUUUGAUGUCAAUGAAGCUAAGAUGAUGACUGAAUUUGUAUAAAUAUUUUUGGUUUUUGAAUGAAUGAAUGAAUGAAUGUC